AUGUUACAAGAAUCUAACAUUCCCUUUAAACAUAAGGACUUGGAUUUCCAAUGUGAAACUUGUUCCAUGACGAAAAAUUUUAAGAAGUUUCCAAAAUCAUUUGACAAUCCUGAUUCACCACAUCCGUUGGAACUUUUACAUGUGGAUUUAUGUGAUAUGACUUAUGGGGGAUUUGAAGAUGAACGAUAUCUCCUUGUCAUUGUUGAUGAUUAUUCAUCUAUGAAAUUUACUUUUCCGUUGGUUCACAAGUCUGAUUGUAUUGAUUUCCACAUAUGA